AUGGCGAAGACUGUGAGAAUGGAUCAGCGGCGCGGAGGGUUCAAGUCGAGAGCACGCAAGUUGAUGGCGGUCUGCAUGGGUGGUGUUUUGUUGCUCUCGUGUGGACAAGCUGCGGCAGAGUAUUUGCGUGAAGGAACUCUGCAGCGAAAUUUGCAAGGAACACCGGCCGCAGGUACCCAGAAUGGACCGGAAUUCCAAGGGCAGGUGGCCACAUGCACCUUGUCAGAAGGGAGUGACGGAGGAAGAACUGCUGUUGAUGCCACUGGCGCACUGACACUGUCGAAAGACAAUUUGACCGUUACGUUGAUGUGUGCUGGUGCAAAAAACCAGGCAGUCCCCUUAACGUUGACGAAGGUCUGUUCCGCCACUGUUCAGAACCCCACAGUCGCAGAAUGCAAAACCGAUACCGACGGCAAGCAGAUCACGCUGGAAUCACUGCUGGGGUCCAACCGCAGUAUCGCGUGGAAGAACACUUCCCAGGCAGCUGAGGAGAAACAAACCAACGGUGAGGAGAGGGCCUUGGAGCUGCAGGCAACAGACCUUCCAAUUAGCGACAGGCGCUUCUUCGUAGGCUGUGACAAAAACAACGAUGAAAAAGCUCCGCUGUCGCCAUCGGCAGAGUGCAAAGUCGACGUGAAUGUCAAAGCGAGACCUUCGUCUGUUACGGACAAUAACGUCGUCAUCUGCGCAUACGGCAAGGACAGCAACCCUGAGCCGCUGAAGGUUGAGAUGACAACAGAGAAGAACACCCUCACUAUUCAGUGUGGUUCCGAGGGAUCCCUCAAUCCUGAAACCUAUGCAACCCAGUACUGCGAUCUCCAGGGAGAGGUGGGGAAUUGCACUCUGAAGACGUUUGAGGAUAUUUUUUCUACAUAUGCAACCAGCUGGUGGUUAAAGGCAGACGAUAGUAGAUCCGCCACAUUGACAAUCCCGGAGACGGACUUUCCAGAAUCCGAACACCAAUUCCGUUUGGGAUGCGUCCACAAACCGGCAAACACCGAGCAACCACUCCCUAACGAGGAAAGUAGCAAAACUGGAAGUUCACAACCAGUCGCUACUACAUCGAAUUGCAAUGUGAUUGUGAUUGUCAGGUCGGGAAACUCUGCUUCGUCGUCUGCUCAAAUGGCAGCUGCAAUCGCUGGUACAGCCGGGUUGACAGGACUCCUCGUCGGGUCCUUGUAA